CCCAUCUCGAGGUUGUGCAUGUCAACAACCGUCGACAUACAACGGAAACCAACAAAAAAUUGCCUUAAACCCAUUGAUUUAGGUAAUCAUUCAAAUCUGAGUAUAGAUACAAGAUAUCACACGAGUCUUGGUAUCAAGUAAGCGUUGCCCCCUUUUCCUAAUCUCAACCUCGUCGCCCCUAUCUCGACGCUUCUAACGCACACCAAAGAGACGCAGCUCUAGCCAAACAUCGCUGCCGAAAAAGCUUCCUGGCGCUAAUAACCCAGCCGAUCAGCUAUAGAAUAGCGAUCUACCCCUAGAGUCAAGCAACGACAAGUCUUCUGCUGGACAGCAGAUCAGCACACAUAGAAAGAUAGAAUAGACACAUAACCAGAGCAUCACCGUCGACAUAAACAACAGCAACCAUGGCUCCCACGUGUAACAACGCCUUGGUCCGGCCUUACGCUACCGUCGAUCAGCUGCGCUACUACAACUGGCAGCCCGCGUCCCCCAACCCACGUAGCUCCAACGACGCUGCUGCACACAGGGCCUUCUACUCGGUGCCGCCAGGAAUCUAUCCUAACAACACCGCCCUUCUCUGCCGCCACCCGCCACGCGCUGCUCGCGCCUCUUCCGUCCAAAUCUACCAGAGCCUAGGCCUAACCCAGCGGGACGCCGACUGGCUCCUCACGCGCGCCGCCGAGCCAGUCUACACCGAGCUAUCCGAACUGCCGCCCGCCGCCGAGCACGUCCACGACGCAUGCGCUCUGUGCACGGGGGACGACGGCCUGCACGACGCGACCUUCCUCUGCGGCUUCCACUUCUGCCUGGCGGUCGGCGCGCACACGCCCUCCGACUUCGAGGUCCUGGCCUGCCUGCGCAUGGGCGACCGGUCUGACGGCGGCAUCCGGUGCAGCGGAGACCCGUUCCGUAUGGUGUCGACUCUGACUAGAAUCAAGAACUUGCUUGUUAACAGCACACCUGACUACGAGCACACCUCGCGGCAGGUCAUGUCUAAUCGGGGCUUGUUCGGGGCGGUAGGAGAUGACCGCCCAGCGCACUAGGCUGGGUCUGUCUGCACUGCGAUGCUGCCGGGCAAAGAGUGCGAGACGGAGACGGAGGCUGUUUUGUUUUGUUUUGUUUUUGUUUUUUUGGGGUUUAGAGUAUUAAUGCUUUCUUGCUUUGAGAUAUUGCUUCGGGAUUGCCCGCUUGCUUUUCUUUCCUGCUUGGAUUUUUGGGGGGGUUAUGGUAGGAUACAUAGGAGAAAGGAAACUGGAAAGGGGGAAUGAGUACUAAAAAAGAAAGAAAAAAAAAGGGGGAGAGGUUGGAGGUUAGAGGCUGGAGAUCUAGGUUUCUGAAAACCUCAGUGGAUGACAGACCUGGAACACUGGAUUAUAUGGCAUCGGGACGAACCGAAACGAUCUCGGCCAUAGGCGUUGGUUCGACUAAGAUCCAACGAACGGAUUAGUUACUCACAGUUGGAAACCAUGGGCAAAACUUGGCCUAGCUGGUUUCCCCCUGACGUGAACUGAUCCCUAAACUAGUACAUGUAUCUAUCUACUCUGAGGUUUCUCUUUUUAGUAGGAC